AGGCAGGAUGGUACGACACAACAACGUCAUCCCGAACCAGCACUUCCAUAAGGACUGGCAAACUCGGGUCAAGACCUGGUUUGUUCAGCCCGCCAAGAAGAAGGCCCGUCGCCUGGCUCGGAAAGCCAAGGCCGCAGCCCUUGCUCCCCGGCCCACACAACUCCUCCGUCCGGUGGUGCACGCGCCCACGCAGCGGUACAAUCACAAGACGCGCUUGGGCAGGGGUUUCACCAUGCAGGAGCUGAAGGAAGCUGGCUUGACCAAGAAGUACGCCAAGUCCGUAGGCAUCGCCGUCGACCACCGUCGCACGAACCUGUCGGUCGAGUCGUUGCAAGCCAACGUGCAGCGACUGAAAGAGUACAAAUCCAAACUCAUUGUCUUCCCCAUGGGCCGGGUCAAGAAGCCCAAGGCGGGCGACAGCAGCACGGCGGAAUGCCGGGCGGCGGUGCAAGCCACUGGCACGGUCCUACCCUUGCCCACGGGGAAGAAGGCGGUUGAGUUUGUCUCAGUAUCGGAGGAAUUGAAGAAUUUCCGAGCCCAUACCGCCCUGAGGGUGGCCCGCAACGACCAGAAAUUGGAUGGAAUUAGGCGAGGGAAGGCGUUGAAGGCGGGGAAGGGGGAUGCGUAAAGAGACGUAAGGAGAGGGGGCCAGACAACCGGCAUGUGAGGCAGAAAGAGGGAGGGGGGAGGGGAGCAAACGAAUCGGGGGAGCAGUCUCGAGAACAUUUGGUUCUCGACGGCUGCAUAGCGCAGCCGAUUGCUCAGUGGGUGUGAAGCAUCGUGGGCCACUUUAUUGAUUCAUCGCGGACCUCGAACCCCUUCCUCCUUUUGGAAAAGGAAAAGAAGCACUACAAGAGGGCUUUUCAUUGUGUGUGUAGAUUUAAUUACUCGGUUAUUUCUUGCUUCUACAUAAUACACGGAACGGUUACUUGGAGACCACCUUCACACGACUCUUUACUUGCCUUAUUUACCCGGCAACAUAUAUGUGACGAUUCAAGCAAUGAUACCGUCUCGCGUGACUAGUAUUUUAGGGAGCGUGAACGUUCCGUCUCCGGCACUUUUCCUGAGGCAGGGAAGGACGUCCUCGCGCCUGAAGACAGACUUGACUCCCUGUAGCCCACUGAUAAAUUCACCUUCUCACGUUAUUUCCUGCUCCGUAUAUGUCUUGGUUCGUGUCCGUUGAGUAGUCCAAGAUUUCGUGUAGCUCAUCCUCCUUUUCACACUCUCAAAAAUAGUGGUCGUAAUUGUGUUAAAGGCUUACGGCAUCUCUAUUAAUCGAAUCACUUGUAACAUUGCUGGAUCGCGAGGCAUUACGGCACGUUUUUCCACCUUGAAAACACACAUGAAAUAGCAUCAGGGGCUGGAUUGUUGUCAUCGCGGCCAUACAAGCCAAUUCUUAUUACUUUUUUUUCGAAGAAAAAUUAGCGCAAGGUUUCUUCGGACAGCACUUGCGUUGAAGGUGAACAAUAAUCCAAUCAUAUUUCCCAGCUUUCGCAUGUGCGUAUGUUGCCAUGUAUGUGCCAAUAUAAAUCAAUGUUAUGCAGCACACCGCAGGGUAUCAAAUCAUCGUCGAGGACGCGUCUCCUUUUUAGCUUCCCGCGUCAGGCUCGGCCCAUAUUUGGCGCUUGAAGUAUCCAUCGCCCGGAAUAAAAGGACGACCAGCGUCCGCGACACUGUUCCCACGCCCCUUGCCACCUACCCCUGCCCCCUAACUGAAGGUUU